AUGUCUCUUCCUGCUCCUCACCAAGCAAUUGUUGAUGCUCUGAUCAAGGACUUGAAACAAGCCAAACCCGACGAUCCUCUCCAGUACUGUUCCAACUACUUCAGUCGCCAGCUCGAACUCGAGCGGGCCUUACACAGAGCAGGAAAGUCGACCUCCAUCGCCAACGGCAAGAUGGCAGACACCGCUGGCCCCUUCAACAGCCGCAGCCCCUUUGCAACCAAAAACAGCAUACAAGAGGAGGAUGAAGAACGUGACACCUUUGGUUCUCCCACGGAUGCCACCUUCAAAGCUCGCGAUUCCGGCCGGUCUCCCUUUGGCGGCUCUGGAUUUGGCGCCGCAGCGGGGGCCGCAGCUGGAGGCAGCCUGUUUGGUAACUGGCUAGGAAAUCAAGCGUCAGAAGACACAGAACCACAAGCUCAGUCGUUGCCCAACAACUAUGCUGCAGGACGCCGAACUUCAGUGUCGGCCGAAUCCAUGCAACCAGACUCGGACUCCGGCAGUUGGAAGCCGCCUAAACACUCCAAGACCCCCGAGCAGUACGAGAGACUCCGACAUGCGGUGGCCGGCAACUUUUUGUUCUCCAGUCUCGACGAAGAAUCCUUCAAUCUUGUGCUAGCCGCGUUAGUGGAGAAGACCAUUCCUGCGCCUAAUAUCAAAGUCAUCACCCAAGGCGACGAAGGGGACUUCUUCUACGUCAUAGAAUCGGGUGAAUUUGAUAUCUACAUCAACCCGAGCGGCGCGGUUGAAGCUGGGCCAGAUGGCAUGGGAAACAAGGUUGCGACCAUUGGACCCGGAGGAAGCUUUGGUGAACUAGCCUUGAUGUACAAUGCUCCUCGAGCUGCCACCGUCGUGAGCUCGUCCAAGGGAGGCUUACUCUGGGCGUUGGAUCGUGUCACAUUCCGACGAAUUCUCAUGAAUAAUGCGUUCCAGAAACGAGAAAUGUACGAAGGAUUCCUAGGUGAAGUGCCUUUGCUCUCAUCUCUCAAGCCCUAUGAGAGGGCCAAGAUUGCCGACGCCUUGGAGACAGUCAAAUACGAGUCAGGUCAAAACAUCAUCACUGAAGGAGAGCCAGGCGACGCCUUCUAUCUGCUGGAGUCAGGACACGCUGUUGCAUACAAGCAUGGAGUGGAUCAUCCUGUCAAAGAAUACGGUCGAGGUGACUUCUUUGGUGAGCUAGCCUUGCUGGACGACAAGCCUCGUGCCGCCAGUGUAGUGGCAAAGGACAAUGUCACGGUGGCGAAACUUGGAAGAGACGGAUUCAAACGACUUCUUGGGCCUGUAGAGAGUAUCAUGAGACGUGAAGAAUAUGAGAAUGCAGAGGAAAUGGACCCUCUCACUCAACAGAAGACGGUGACUUAG